AAUUUGUUGAAAUAAAUAUCCAAUAAAUAGUUGGUUGACAUAUUUGGUAUAAAAGGCAAAUACCAUCAUUUGAAAGGAACAUUUUUUGAUAGAUAACAAGAGGACAGGGAGAGAGACAGGAGAAACCAAGAGAAAACGAGAGGGAAUUUGGAGGGAGAAAGAAAAGUCUGUUAAAGAGCUUUUUGACUCUCCUUCUCUCUCAUUCAUAUCAUCAUCUCAUCUCAUGCUUCAUCCAUGGCCGAUUGAAUAACACAACACAACACAACACAACACCCCCAACAAUUCAACAAAACAAACCCUUCUUUCAUCACCAUUCAUUCAAAUCUCUUGACUUUUCAACACCACCCUCUAAUUUUCACCCAUUGAUCUCCCAAAACGAAUGGUAUUUUACUAUUUUUCACAAAUUCUCGAACAGAAUUCUUCAGAAAGUAAUUGGAAAGAUUAGACCAGUUUGAAUCAUGGGAAAUUGCUGUGUUACUGGUAAUUCCGCUCGUAGAAAGGAGAGGAAGAAGAAGAGGAAGGGAAAUCACAAACCGAAUCCUUUCUCAGUCGAUUAUCACAACCCAUCUGCAUCUCAAAACAAUGAAACCAUUUUCUUCGUAUUAAAAGAUCCCACAGGUCACGACAUUACACAGCGAUACAAUCUGGGUCGAGAGCUUGGAAGGGGCGAAUUUGGGGUAACGUAUUUGUGUACGGAUUUGGGAACUGGAGAACGAUUAGCCUGCAAAUCGAUAUCAAAAAGGAAGCUUAGAACAACAGUUGAUAUCGAUGAUGUGAGGAGAGAAGUUGAAAUCAUGAAGCAUUUGCCUAAACAUCCGAACAUUGUCACCAUGAGAGAUACUUAUGAGGAUAAUGAUGCAGUUCAUAUUGUCAUGGAGUUGUGUGAAGGUGGUGAAUUGUUUGAUCGGAUUGUGGCAAGAGGACGUUAUACUGAACGAGCUGCUGCUUCGAUUAUGAGGAAGAUUGUGGAAAUUGUUCAGAUGUGUCAUAGUCAUGGAGUUAUGCAUCGUGAUCUUAAACCAGAGAAUUUUCUGUUUGGAAACAAGAAGGAAACAGCUCCUUUAAAGGCCAUUGAUUUUGGGCUUUCGGUUUUCUUUAAACCGGGGGAAGUCUUCAACGAGAUAGUGGGAAGUCCUUAUUACAUGGCUCCAGAAGUUCUAAAACGCAAUUAUGGCCCAGAAGUUGACGUCUGGAGCUCCGGAGUCAUCUUGUACAUUUUACUUUGCGGCGUUCCACCUUUUUGGGCAGAAACUGAACAAGGAGUAGCACAAGCAAUUAUUCGCUCAGUAAUCAAUUUCAAACGAGAUCCAUGGCCCAAAGUUUCCGAUAACGCAAAGGAUCUUGUGAAGAAAAUGCUUGACCCCGAUCAAAAACGCCGACUUACAGCUCAACAAGUUCUUGAUCACCCAUGGUUAUUGAAUACAAAGAAAGCUCCGAAUGUUCCAUUGGGUGAUGCUGUUAAAUCCAGGCUUAAACAGUUCUCAGUGAUGAACAAACUCAAGAAAAGAGCUUUGAGGGUGGUGGCGGAGCAUUUAUCAGUGGAGGAGGUGGCCGGAAUAAAGGAGGAAUUUCGUAUGAUGGAUACAGGAAACAAAGGCAAGAUAAAUAUUGAAGAACUAAAAACCGGUUUACAGAAACUUGGUCAUCAAAUUACAGAUGCAGAUCUUCAAACAUUGAUGGAGUCUGCUGAUGUUGAUAGAGAUGGGACUCUCAACUUUGGGGAAUUUAUAGCUGCUAAUGUUCAUUUAAAGAAAAUGGCAAAUGAUGAGCAUUUACAUAAAGCCUUCAACUUCUUUGAUAAAAACAAUGAUGGUUAUAUAGAGGUUGACGAGCUGCGUCACGCGUUAAGUGAUGAAGGAGACGUUAACAAUGAUGUAAUAAACGCAAUUAUGCAUGAUGUUGACACUGAUAAGGAUGGGUGCAUAAGUUACGAGGAGUUUGUCGCAAUGAUGACAGCUGGCACAGAUUGGAGAAAAGCAUCAAGACAAUAUUCCCGAGAACGAUUCAACAGUCUUAGUUUGAAGUUGAUGAAGGAUGGUUCGUUAAAGAUCUUUCUGUUCAAUUUCUUUUUGAGUAGAAUUAGGAUGGAUAACAAGAAAGCAAAUGUAUGA